AUGGUGGGUGUAUUGCAUAAAGCACUGCAGGAGGUACUGCUGCCUCCCAAGCAGAGUGGUGGGGCAAAGAAAGAACUGACUCUUGAAGACAUUAAGAAUGGAGGUGCAAGCAAACUGGAUAAAUUUGUGCGGGAUAAUGCAUCGCAUGCGACAUCAUUACUUAAGGACGUGGUGAAUAAAGCAGCGGCGGCAGUGGAGAGUGCAGAUGCGCCAGUGCAGCAGGCAAGAGCAGCGGCGGAGAAAGCCAGCGAGGCCCUGAAGAACGCGGCAGCAGGAGCGACGGAGAUAUUGGAUGCCGUUCAGAAAGCCAAUGACAUUGCGGCGAAGGGAAUCACGGCGGCGGUGCAGGCACACACUGCGGUGAGUAAUACGGCAGCCUCAGUGAACCGUCUGUCGGACCGUUUCAAUAGACUAUUGGCUCUGGCGCGGGAGGUCUUGACGUUGGUAAAAGCAGAGAGUGCUCAAGGUGACGCAGAGGAUGGUAACAAAAAGUUUGCAAACAUAAAGGAAACAUCGAAGGAAGUGUUGGGUGACGUCUAUGCAAUUGUGCUUGGAGCUGUAAUAGCCGCUGGCGAUGCUGCAAUCGCGGCUGAUGCAGUGGUGACUGCCGCGACGGCUGCGGCGCCGGACGCUGCGGCUGCGGUGGAGGCGGCCACUGCGGCGAAGGCGGCGGCUCGUGACGCGUUGACUCAAGUGAAGGAGAAGUUGGGGAUCAGCGGGCAGGAAACAGUCGCCAGGACGCCGCAAGGAGAACACGACGAUGCUCCUGACGUUGACGGCUCCCACGAGUCACACACUUCUCCGCCAGACGCCACGGACCCCGCACUUCUGGUGCCCACCGCUGCGGCUGCGCUCAACAUCAACAACGCUGACGGUGGCAGCAGCAGUGCGUGGGUGCGUGCCCCAAUACUGCUGCUGCUGGCCUGCGUGACUGUGUGA